CGUGUCUUCACUAUGAAAACACGGAAGAAAAAGAGCAAAACCGGCGGAAAGGUUCGGAAAUAUAAAACAUCGUAAUUGUGAUGCCUUUAAUAAAAUAAACGUAGGAUUUCCUUAUCCUGAAUGAACUUCAAUAAUGGACCCCAGCCACAGGAAGAUUCUUCAGAACAAUCGAUCCAAUCUCGUGCGGGAGUUGGACCCGUCAAAGCUGUACGAUGGACUGCUGUCGAGGGGGAUCUUUACCCAGGACAUGAUAGAUGAGAUACAGAGCGCACGGACCCGUCGGGACCAGGCCAGGCAGCUGGUGAAAGACCUGGAGACCCGUGGGAGCCUCGCCUUCCCUGCAUUCCUGGAGUGUCUUUGUGAGACAGGACAGGACAAUGUGCUUCAGUUCCUACAGGAUGGGGGCUCUCCACAUCCUCCUGUCCCCGCCCCUGUGCGGCCUCACCUGCUGCCUGUGCAGAUUUACACUCCCAAGGACACUGACAAGCCUGACAAACGUGAUGGUACCCCUCAGAAAGAGGUGCCUGUGUAUCCAGCAAAACUUGAUCCUCUUCCCUCCCCAUUUUCAGAUCCUGAAAAGGACAAGUUAUCGCCUAGGCCAACAGGAAGACCUAGACGAGACAGUAUCCAGAACUACAAGAUGGAUGCCAGCCCAUGUGGGCUCUGCCUGAUAAUAAACAAUAUGGAUUUUGAGCCUCAGUCUGAGCUGAAAAGUCGAAAGGGCUCUGACAUAGACUGCAACAGGCUGGAAAGGCGAUUCAUGUCCCUCAACUUCGUUGUCACUGUCAAGAAGAACCUGAAGCAAAGGCAAAUAAGGCAAGAGUUGUCAGCCCUAUCGAAGAAAGAUCAUUCAAAGUAUGACUGUUGUGUGGUAGUCAUCCUGUCUCAUGGCACGGAGGCAAGCCACAAUCGGUUCCCUGGUGCCGUGCACGGCGUGGAUGGACCUUCUGUCCCGGUACAGAUCAUCACCAACUACCUCAACGGCCAGAACUGCCCCACGCUGCAGGGCAAGCCCAAGCUCUUCUUCAUCCAGGCCUGUGGAGGAGGUGAAAAAGACACUGGGUUCGAGGUCUCUCCCGAUGAGGUCCAGCCCUGUGCCGGCGGUGUGGAUGACCAGACUGACGCCAUCCCCAUGUCCUCCAGCAGCGACUCCCUCAGCAUGUCAGAUGAGCCGGACGCCCGGGCGACGCUACCCACGCCCAGCGACAUCCUGGUGUCCUACUCCACCUUCCCAGGAUACGUGUCUUGGAGAGACACGUUAUCUGGCUCCUGGUACGUUGAAACCCUGGAUCGUAUCCUGGAGGAGAGCGGUGCGACCAACGACCUGGUGACCAUGCUGAUGAUGGUCAACCACGAGGUCUCCCAGAUUUCCGCCAAGGGCCUCUACAAACAGAUGCCCGGAUCCUUCAACUUUCUGCGAAAGCUUCUCUAUUUCCAGGCUCCGCCCCUGGGCCAGAGCCAGACUCCGCCCUAUUGACAGUGACUCUCACCCGGGUGUUCCCUCUAAAGGCAGUUAAGACUCAUGCUCCCCCUUCCUCUCUGUUCUGCUGUCUGUUUUCAGUGUAUCAGGAUUUGAUUUGGUAAUACAGAGUCCUGUGAGACACAUAAGCAACAUUUAUUGUACCAGCACAUUGGAAAAGGGAUUUUAAUCUAUGUUGUAAAAAAUUGAGCUGCAGCAAAAAAGAGCAAUAAAUUGUGCAUCCUAAUUACUUGACUUUCUUGGAGGAGAAAGUGCUGACAAUCGACAUGGGCAAUCGUUUAAGAGACUUUAAGCAAGUGUUGGAACUGAAAAUAAAGUAACGCUUGCUCUAAUUCAUCUGUGAGUUCACAGACUGGUCUAACUGAAUCUUAAGAAUCCUAAAAUUCAAUGAAUUGAGAUUA